AACCAUCAUUAAUAGUAUUUAGCUGCCAAUGCAAAUGCAUUUCUCUCUUUUGGUCAAGUUCAAGUGAGACUUCUCUGGAAACAGGAAGGACUUGAGCCAAAACCGAAUGAGCGAGAGGUUUUACAGCAGUUAGUUAGUUUUCACUCUGGCAACAUGUGUACUGGAAAAUGUUCCCGUUGCAUUGCUUUUACUCUGUACCCAUUAGCAUUCAUAUCCAUCAUCUGCAACAUAGUGUUGUUCUUUCCUGGCUGGGACGCCAAGUACGCCAAAGAUGGACACAUUACUGAGGAGGUGAAAUACAUGGGGGGCCUCAUUGGAGGGGGUUUAAUGCUGUUGAUCCCAGCACUUUACAUCAGCUUGACUGGAGAACAGGGCUGCUGUGGAAAUCGCUGCGGGAUGUUAUUAUCCAUUGUAUUCGCUGCAAUGGGUGUGGCUGGUGGCCUGUACAGCUUCAGUGUGGCAGUGCUUGGUUUGGGUCACGGGCCCCUCUGCAAAGAUGGUAAUGGAGAAUGGAAAACUCCUUUUAAAAACAGUAAUUCAUCCUACCUGACUAACUAUGAUUGGUGGGGAGACUGCACAGAGCCUAAAAACGUGGUGCAGUUCAACAUUAGAUUGUUCAUCACUCUGAUGGCAGCCAGCUGCCUGCAGGUGUUGCUCUGUGCCAUUCAGAUGAUCAACGGCCUCUUUGGCUGCCUGUGUGGAACCUGCAGCAACAAAGAGGAACCAUAAAUUCCUCAUACCACAUCUGAAGAGCUGACUAGCACCCCCUGCUGGAAGGCUGAGAGAAGUGUUCCUGGCUGAAGGAGCAUAAAACAUUCACUUUGAAAUUGUUGCAGUCUCUGACAACAGAUUUUCAAAUGUUUCUGUGUAUCCCAUUGCAAUGUAUUAGGGUAUGUAGUGAAAAGAGCACAGUAUUAGAAAUAACUCAUGCUAAUUGUAUGCUAAAUUUUUAAUAAAUUGGUUUAAAAUAUAAGAUGCUGAUCCACUGCUACAGCUCUUUGUUGUGUUUUAUCACAUGUAGCAUUUUACAAUAAUAUUAACCUUUUGGCUUAUUGUACUUUUCAGACAAAAUAAUAAAGCGCUGGUUGCCUUCAAUAAAUGUCACUUAAUACUG